CACGUGGACGCGAGUCCCUCCCUGUGAGCGCGCACAAGUGAGUGUUUGCUCAAAGUUGUUGGCAGUUUUCUGUAGUCAUGAAUCCAUAACAGUUCAGUUUCACAAUCUUCUGGACGUUCAGUUAAACUUCAGUCUCAGUUAUUGUUUGCUAAAAUUGUCUGCACUCGGUGUCAAAUUGUGGAAAGUUUCGCUCUUAACAGUACUUUUCAACAAGAGAUUGUCGCUUCAUGGAUGGACUUUAUGAAGUAAAAUCAGCGGCUGCCUGUUUAAAGGGCUGACCCAUGUGAGGAGACUGGAGUUUGCACACACAUACAUACGCAUACACACACACACACAAACACACACACACACACACACACAUGGACGGCAUGGCAUCUUUCUCCAGCACCCGUGGCUCCAAGGUGGACCGGGCGUCCCAUCAUAGAGGAGAAGACAGGCAGGGGACGCCCAGUGACUGCAGUGCUGUGCUUGAGAAGACCAGAGAGUUCUUCCAGAUUUGUGACAUCGAGGGCAAAGGCUUCAUUACACGACGGGACAUGCAGAGAUUAAAUGGAGAGCUUCCUCUGAGUGCAGAAGAAUUUGAGAAUGUCUUUGACUCUCUGGACGCAGAUGGCAAUGGAUAUCUUACCCUUGAGGAGUUCUCAUCCGGCUUUAGUGAAUUUAUGUUUGGUCCAGGUGUGGUGUCAGUAGAUCCACAUGCAGGCAAGGAGCCAGUCUCCGCAAAGACUCCAGAAGUGCUCUACGAGAGCCAAUGGGAGGAGAAACUCAGCAGGGGAGACGAUGAUGAGGAGCAACACUUCUGCAUGCUAAUGGAGAACCUGGGGGCAAGCAACAUCUUUGAAGAGCCAGGAGAGGUGCGGAGUCUUUGGGUGCAGCUCAGAAAAGACGAACCUCACCUUCUGUCCAAUUUUGAGGAGUUCCUUGCCAGGGUCACUUAUCAGAUCAAAGAGGCCAACCAGGAGAAGAAAGAGAUGGAGACGGCCCUCAAAAGGAAAGCGGUGACACAUGAUGAUGAAAUCCAGAGGCUGUAUGAAGAAAUGGAGCUACAGAUCAAGAAUGAAAAGGACAGGAUACUCUUAGAGGAUUCUGAGCGGUUCUUGUCUCGCAGUCAGGACAUGGAGCAUCAGCUUUCCACUAAAGAGAAAGAGCUGGAAAUCCUUUCUAACAAACAGAAACGGCUGGAGAGUCAGUGUCGAGAGCUGCACAGCGAGCAGCGCGAGACGGCCGUGGAGAACGUCAAACUGAAGCAGUAUAAUGAGGACUUGAGCCGUGAGCUGGAGCACACCACCCAGGAGCUGAGUCUGGCCCAGGAGCAACUCAUGCUGCUACAGGAACAGUCCUCACGCCUGCACGAGGAGAGAGAGAUGGAGAUUUAUAGGGUUACAGAAAGCUUGCAAAGAGAGAGGGCAAGUCUUCUCAAGCAGCUUGAUUUGCUGAGGGAAAUGAACAAACACUUACGAGAUGAAAGAGACAUGUGCUAUCAAAAACCAAAUACUUCUGCUGCAAAACUCUCAUGGAAACAGAGGCCUGGGUCAAUUACCAUGAAGCACUCUGAGCGGAAGCAGUCAUUUAAGAGUGAUGAGGAUGAAGAGGUUCUGACGCAAUCUAAGCGGAAUAACAUGAUUGGCGUAAAUGGGCACAGUAUGGACCUGGAGGACAUGGUAGAUGGACGACCUCCUUCAAAACACCAGCUCCAGAGGAUCAUCUCCAUCGAGGAGGACCAUCUUCCUCAGCUCCUUCAGCAGGGUUAUCAAACCCAGCUUAGAGAAUGGAGUGAAGAUGAGGAGUUGGAGGAGGGCAUGGACCUCCAGAUGAGCAAUAUUUACCCCACAACCAGCACUCCAACCUCUGUUUCACCCCCUUCAGGAGUCGCACCCACACCCACCUCUCCCAGAGGACAGCCUGUAGGCAAAGAGACAGUCCAGUCUGAGGAAGGGGCCAGUUCAGGUCCAGAUCGUCUAUUUAAGAUUGUUCUGGUGGGAAAUUCUAGUGUGGGAAAGACAUCUCUUCUACGUCGCUUUUGUGACAACUGUUUCCACUCUGGUACAUGUGCUACUGUAGGUAUUGACUACAGUGUGAAGACUCUGACGGUGGACAACAGCCAGGUGGCCUUGCAGAUGUGGGACACAGCAGGACAGGAGAGGUAUCGCAGCAUCACUAAGCAGUUUUUUCGCAAGGCCGAUGGCGUGGUAGUGGUGUAUGAUAUCACUAAUGAGCAGACUUUCACAGCAGUGAGGCAUUGGCUGGCCAGCGUGCAGGAGGGAGCAGGUGAGGACAUUCCCAUCAUGCUCCUGGGGAACAAGACCGAUCUAGAUGGCCAGAGAGAGGUUCCACUGGGAGUGGCAGAGAAAUUAGCCAAGGACUUUCAACUGAUUUUCUAUGAGUGCAGUGCUUUUUCAAGCCACAAUGUGACAGAGUCCAUGAUUCACAUGGCAAGAGUUCUGAAAGACCAAGAGGACAGAGAAAAAGAGAAAACUGUUUCACUAGUAGACAGCCAAGCUAAGAAGAAGUCCUGCUGCUAGUAGAAAGUCACCCAUAAACACUCACAGAAACCUGCAGAUCUUUCAAACAUUUUUGCUUUUCAUUUUAAUAUGGUUUGGUGUUAAUGUUGAUCUGUUUUUCUUCCUCUUAUAUGUUCCUGUUUUCUCUUUUUGUAUGACCGCUGUGGAGUUAAAAAUAUUUGGUCUUUUUAUAUACCAGUACCCCUUUAUAAUGUGAAACGGAUGCGUUUUAUGAUAACAGUUUGAUGUAGGGCUUGAAGUAGAGCACUAUAGUUUUGUACAUUACACAGUUGUAAAGUGCGUCCCGAUUAAGGUAAUUUAAAUCUCUCGUCACACUGUAUUUUUGUAUUGACAGUUGUAAUUUAUCUUUUUAAUAUGAAGGUCUUGGAAAGUAUAUUUAAAUGAGCAAAAUAAGCUCCUACACACUAGUUUGCACAGUCGUUUGCACAAAUGUAUUAUUUAUUACUUAUGAUGAAUUGAAGAUCUUGAAUUAUUCCUUUAUUAUUCUUUGCAAGCAGACAUAUUCUGAAAAAUGGCUCUAUUUGCUGUCAUCAGCAUGAAUUUUUUUUUUAAUACACUGCCAUGAAGCGAACAUAUGGUUUGCAUAAGGAUUCGGUUUUAACAGGGUUCUGUGUCGUUCGCUUUACAGUACUGAAUAAACCAUUAGUCCAAUAUUGAUUUCAGAUCACUUUUUGAUUUGUAUUUUAUGUAUUGUGCCAACAGUACUGUGUGUGUAUAUCUGUAUUUACUAUUUAAUGCAGUCAGUGUUAAAUCAGUAAAAAUGUCUCACAGCAGUUGUUGAUGUUCACAUUUACCAUAAAUAAUUAGAGAUGCAUUAAUUGUCCACCAGACAGUGGAUUUAUGCACAUUUGAGAUAAGGCCUGUGUUUUCUCAAGUUUUUCACAGUAUGAUUCUGGAUCUGUAACUUGCGUUUUCAUAUCGAUUCACACAUAAUGUAUGGCAAGUUUCUCUAGCACAGCUACUGCAUGACCAAUGGGUGGAAUGACACUAGAUUUGAGCACAAUGUGGAUGUUUUAAAUAAUUUCUCACUUAUUUAGUCUUAUAAUUGUUCCUGCUUUAUUAUGUACAUGUGUAAUGUGUAAAUACUAAAUAUAAAUGUAUUUUGAGUGAAAUGUGAAAAUAAAGAAUACUUUGUUUGGAUUAA